AUGACAGAAAAUAAAUCGGACGGUGCUGUUUGGAAGCUGGAACAAGAUGGUAUGUUCACGGUAGCAUCCUGUUACCUAUCUCUUUGCAAAAAUUAUAUUCCCUAUGGUCCGGUUAAUAGAUUCGAUUCGGCUUUUAAGGAUAUUUGGAAGGUUGGUGUUCCUUUGAAAGUGAGGUUUUUUGGUUGGAUAUGUUUCCUCAAUAAAGUUCCAACAAAGGACUCACUUUGGCGCAAAGGUAUUCUUUCUAAUACAUUGAGUAUUGAUUGUGUGUUCUGUGAAAAUUGCAAUGAAUCUAUUCUUCACUCUUUCCUCCUUUGUCGGAAUGCCGGGAUUGUUUGGAGGGAAAUGGCCGAAUGGAUUGGGAUACCGUUUAAGUUAGGAGUAGAUUUAAAAGAUAGCUUUUUGACUUGGAGUUCCUUUUGUCACGCGAAGAGAGUCAAAAGUAGAAAAACAGGUGUGGUUUGGUUAGCUACUUUGUGGAACCUUUGGUUGCGAAGAAACGACAUAGUCUUUAACGAUGGUUCCAAUCGGUGUGUAAUUUUCUUUUUCGGCCUUUUGUGA